AUGAUACUAGACAAGAUAACCUAUCCAAGCGGAGUGGAAGUGGAGGAAGGCAAUGAGAUCACUCCAACACAAGCGAAGGAUCAGCCCACUGUGUCGUGGGACACUGAGCAGAAUGCCUUCUACACCAUCGUUAUGACUGACCCUGAUGCGCGAAUCCGUGAAUGGCAACACUGGCUGGUGGGCAACGUUCCUGGAUCGGACGUUUCUAAAGGCGACGUCCUCUCCGCACACGUGGGAGCUGGACCAACACUAGGCACCGGUCUGCACCGAUACGUCUUCCUUGUCUACAAGCAGCCGGACAAGAUUGAAUUCGACGAGGAGCGCCUGACUAACACUUCCGCUAAAGGGCGCGAUGGUUUUUCGAUUGCAAAAUUUGCGGAAAAAUACAACCUUGGCAACCCAGUCGCCGGCAACUUCUACCAGGCGCCGUAUGACGACUACGUACCCUUGCUCCACAAGCAACUUGGCGAAUAA